AUGUGCAACCCGACCGACGUAGUCUACCUCUGCCACGGCGGCACUUUUUGCCAAGGCGGCCCGAACGGCACACGCGCCGUGACGGCCGUCAAGCCGUGGAUGGACAGGGGCGCCAUCCGGCGGCCACGGCAGCCGUUCCAGCUCUGCGAGUACACGAAGGCGCAGAGCGGUCGGUACCACAACUUUGCGUCGGAGGAGCUCGGCAUCGACGGGUUCCAGCCCACGCGGCUCCUCAGCCCCAUCAUGGCGCGCAUCAACCAGGGCUGCCGGAAAGCAGAGGCGGUGCAGGUGGUGGCCAAGGACGGGUGGGAGUGGACGGCCGUGUCGGAGCUCGACCGGUGGACUGCGGAGAUGCAGCGCGUCAACCCUGGGGUGUUUGACGACUUGGAGCGGUGGAGGAAGGAGGCUCAGGAGAACGAUCCGGCCAUGUUCGAGGACUUGGACGAGGUGGAUGAGCAGGACGGUCUUGGUGGACAGUAG